AUGACAAAGCUUUCAGCAAAGGCGCGAGCCCGGCUGGCCAGCCUGGCCAUCAGCCUGUCCUUCUGGCUCGGAGGCGUGAGCCUCGUUGGUAUCAAAUGUGUUGCCUACUUCAUGUCCGGGAGUGAGCUGAUUAAAGCCUCCGUGUUUGAAUCCCUCGGUGAUGUCAUGAGCAGUGCGAUUUUAGCUGUGACACAGAUGAAAGUUCGGGAUCAGAGUGACAUGCACCUGUACCCGACGGGCAAGAAGCGUUUCACUCCUCUCGGCAUCCUCUUCUUCUCGGCUUUCGCCGUGUCGACGAUGAUCAGCCUUAUCAUUGAGAAUGUCGAGAAGCUCUUCGGGAGUUCCGAGGAGGAGGAGCGCAGGGAGCUGCUGACACGUCUCUUCGAUGAGCAGCCCAGGUUGCGCCAGCACCUGCGUUCGACCCAGCUGGAGGAGAUGAUUGAGAGCUACGUCGAGGAGGAGGCCGCUGCAGAAGCGGCACCGCACUCCCUGGUAGUGCUGCUCUUUAUCUGCAUCCUUAUCAAGGCCUUUCUCCUGAUCUUCUGCCUCUACGCAGCGAGGCAAGCAGACUCCGAGAUCGCGCGAACAGUGUCCAUGGACCACCGGAACGAUAUCUUGGGGAACGGGCUGGUGCUGCUGAUCGUGGCCGGCAGCGCGUAUUGCAGAAGUACCGGACAGGGCGGCGACUGGCUUGACAAGGUGGAUCCGGCCUCUUCCAUGUUGUUGGCCGUCUACGUCCUCGUCUGCUGGAUGUCGACGGCGGUGGAGCAGCUCCGAGUUCUCUCAGAUAAGCGAGCAGAGGAGGAACACACGGAAGCCGUCGUCAAAUUCACGCAAGAGCGACUGACAAACAGUGGUUUCGCCCUCACCAAGGCAUCCACCUUUCAUGUUGGCGAAGGGUACGCUGUCAUACUGGAUCUCACGGCCAAGGAGAGCGUGAAGAUGAGCGCGACGGAGAUUGCAGUCUUCUUGGAGGGACUCGAGCAAGCAGUGAAGAGCGCAGACUUGGAGGCUAUGGAAGUACACGCCAAGCUGCGCACACUGGACAAAUCGAAUAGUUCUGACAGUAUGGCCUGGGUGACAGAGUACAGAUGA